AUGGUCGACCGAACCAGUGUGGUGCCGAGCCAUGUUGGCCAUAACGUGCUUCCGAACACUCCUCUGUUUAGUCGACUUCUUCGAUUUGCCAGCCAAACCCCCGCACGCAUAGCCAUCGAAGAUGCUCGUGUCCAGUUGCAGAAGACCCAUAUCCAUCUGCUGUCAGAUAUCUUGGCCUUGCGAAACACCCUUCUCAAUACCCUCGAUGACGCAACCUGCAGAGCGCUAGGGAAGAGAGAAGAGGUUUACAUGGCCAUCGUCGCUCCAGGCGGUUACGAAUACACCGUAGCAAUGCUGGCGGUACUAGCGCUUGGAGCGGCCGCAGUGCCAAUGACGCCAGCCGUGCCUGUAAGUGAGGCAGCAUACUUUAUCCAAAAAUCAAGAUCAGCGCUGGUUCUUGCGAGUGCUGAGAACAUUGACAAAUGCCGUCUUCUUGCAGGACGCAUCUGUUCUACGACUAACCCACAGUUUCGGGUCGUCGAAAUAGGACCGUUCGUCUCGUCCCCCGCCCUUGGCGCUGAGGAAAUCAUCAUAUCAUCGGAUCGGGCCUUGGAGGAGAACGCGCCGGCAGUGGUGAUCUUCACAAGUGGCACCACGGGCCCACCCAAGGGUGCAGUGAUGCGGAGAUCGUACGUCUUUGACUGUGCGUUGUCCAUCGCUGACCACUAUCAUUUGACUGAAGACGACGUCAUACUGCACCUCCUUCCAGUACAUCAUGCCACGGGGGUCGGUAUAAAUUUUUUUCCAUUCCUCGUUGCUGGAAGCCGAAUAGAGUUCCGUAGUGGAGGUUUCGACGAGGCCUGGACGUGGAAGCGCUGGAAGGAGGGGGCAGCCCACUCUUCCAGGCGAAUUACGUUCUUUUCGGCCGUUCCAACUAUAUGGAUGCGGCUUAGACGGUUUUAUCAAAUUCAUCUGCGUAAACUCCCUGCCCAUGAACUAGCUACGUACGUUGCUGGCGCACGGCAAUUCCGCGCCUGUUUGUGUGGGACGUCGGCGUUACCUCAGCCGCUGAACGACUUUUGGACAGACCUCUUGCAGCAGAAUAUCCUGCAGAGAUACGGAGCGACUGAAUUUGGAGCAAUCUUCAGGAUGCGUCUUGGAGAUCAAAAUACGCCCAAGGGUUCUGUCGGUGAACUUGAGAGCGGCGUAGAUGUGAAGCUGUCUGAGGGAAAUGCAGGAGAGAUACUCGUCAAGAGCCCGCAUAUGUUUAUGAAAUACCUACAUGACCCUGAAGGCACAGCCACUGCGCAUGAUAAAGAUGGGUACUUCCGAACCGGCGACCUUGCACGAAAGGAAGGGAAGUAUUACUUCAUUCUCGGUCGAGCGUCCCUGGACAUCAUCAAGUCGGGAGGGUACAAAAUAUCAGCACUAGAUGUCGAGAGAGAGCUGCUCGGCUUGCCGUACGUCGCCGAAGCCAUGGUUGUCGGCGUUGCAGACGAAGAAUUCGGGCAACGUGUGGCAGCCCUACUCUCGUUACAAGAAGAAGAAGACACGACAACAGAUUUUCCAGGCAAGCGAUCUAACACGGGAAAUUCUUUAACUAUUGAUAAACUACGACGGGAUCUCCGCGGAAGACUUGCCGGUUACAAACUGCCAACACUGUUGCGAAUUGUAAAGGGUGAGCUGCCAAAAACUGUCACGGGAAAAGUGCAGAAGAAGAUCCUUGGGCCGCAGUACUUCCCAAAGGUAUGGCACAGCUCCCUGGGCAUACAGAAAUGGUUACCGGAUAUCGGAGGACAGUCAGCGAAGCUGUGA